UAGCCAAUCACCGUCUUGCUUUUUUAUUAAAUACAUAUAUGUAUUAUCAGAAAAGCAAGACGGUGAUUGGCCACCGCGAUGCCGCUUUGCCGCGUCCUGUGUGCAGAAGUCAUCACACAUCUGAUGUAGCAAACUCGCGGUCUAUACCUGCCGCGUUUUCGCCGUCAUGUCAUGACGGCAGGCUCUGCUCGAUUUCUGCUGCAUUUUUGCUGUCAGUACUUCAUGUGAUACAUCGUGCUGUAUUUUCGCCAAGUUUCUGGUAUCGCAGCGUGAUAGCAAAUAUGUCAAAUUUCUAGCUACAUUUUAUUAAUUUAAUGUGACAUCAUGACAUAUCUGUUUUUUUAUUUAAUUUUUAGUGGUAUAUUGUGUCAACACACAAUGUCUGAUUUUUGUUUUGUUAAUGUCUUUAAAUUUUGUUGUACUUUUGCUGCAUUUUUGAGGGCACAUUGUGACGCAAAGUCUACUCGAUUUUUGUCGUGUUUCUGUUAAUGUUAGUUGAAACGGCAAACUGUAAUUGCUUGCUGUCCAACUUUUGCCAGCAUAAUAUGUGUCAAAAUUUUUCAGUUCGUGCUCUCGGCAGGUUUGGCUAUCUGGAUCAAAGGAUGAAGGAGUGAAUUCUUGUAAAAAAUAGAUAUAGAAAUUGUUAUUGUAUUUAUAUUUAUUUUUCAAUAAGGAUAAAUAAAAGAAAAAGUAAUAUAAAAACAGAAAAAUGUCAGAAAUUUACUCAAAGAGAAGUUUGGAAAAGGCACAUAGCCCAGAAGAUAAAAAUCAAGCAUUCUACAAGAAGCCUCUACCAUCUCCAAAAAAAAUAUUCGAGUACCUGAACAGACACGUUGUGGGUCAGGAAUACGCUAAAAAAGUGCUAAGCGUUGCAGUUUACAAUCAUUACAAGCGGAUUUGCAACAAUUUGCCAGCCCAAAACUCGCGGGCACAAGCUAACGUUGACCCAAUCAAUACACAGGAAACAAAUCAUUAUUCCAUGCAGAAAGAAAUCGAACUCCAGGUUACUCAACUCAAGCUGGAAAAGAGCAACAUAAUGUUGCUUGGUCCUACAGGUUCUGGUAAGACGUUGCUCGCGCAAACGCUGGCACAAUAUCUGGACGUUCCAUUCGCCAUUUGUGAUUGCACCACUCUCACGCAAGCUGGCUACGUUGGCGACGAUGUAGAGAGUGUCAUAAUUAGACUCCUUCAAAAUGCUAAUUAUAUAGUGGAUCGUGCUCAGAUAGGCAUAGUCUUCUUAGACGAAGUCGACAAGAUACAUUCUACUAACUCAUAUCCUGAUGUAUCCGGGGAAUGUGUUCAGCAAAGUAUGCUGAAAAUGUUGGAAGGAACAAUCGUAAAUGCACCAAAGCAAAAUAUGACGAAAUGGCGCGAGGAAACGGUGCAAGUGGAUACUACGAAUAUUCUUUUUAUUGCCUCAGGUGCUUACAGCGGUUUAGAUAAAUUGAUAGCGCGACACAAAUCGGAAAAAUAUUUCGGACUUGGCGUGACGUCGACAGAUGAGAAUCUAAAUGAGAAAACGAUGACUUCAGCCGAUGGUGUCGAUACAUCACUUUCCAUUGAAAGAGACAAUAAAGAAAAGGAUAUGCUGUUGCAACAAGUGCAAAUGAAAGAUCUUGUCGACUUCGGCAUGAUACCUGAAUUCAUCGGUAGAUUUCCUAUACUCGUGCCUUUCCACUCCCUUGGUAGAGAUAUGCUAGCGAGAAUUCUCACCGAACCAAAAAAUGCCAUUGUUCCUCAGUAUCAGAAGUUGUUCUCGAUAGACAAGGUAGAGCUAACAUUCGAUGUAGAUGCACUGAACGCAAUUGCUUCUUUAGCAAUGGAAAGAAAAACUGGAGCGCGAGGUUUGCGAUCGAUAAUGGAAUCGCUUCUUUUGGAACCUAUGUUUGAAGUACCAGAAAGUAAUAUUAUGUCCGUUCACAUUACAGAACAGUGCGUGAUGGGCGUUGAAAAGGCACAAUAUGUGAAAUUAGACAGUGAUAACAAUGAUAGUUACAGCAGUUAAUUAAUAUUGAGUAGAUGUAACGAGUACUUUGAUAUAAUUGUUCUCUUAUCAUGAACAAUUUUUAGACGAAAGUUAUUCGUCUAAAAAUUCGAACAUUCGCGUAAAUUACUGAUGUAAUUAUUUUAUGCUGACAAUAUUCCGUUCACAUUUUUUAUAUAGAAAAAAUAUAAUAACGAAUUUUGAACUGUUCUGUAUAUUUAUAUUUAAAUUAUUUUUCAUUUUUUUGUUAAGAUAGAUUUCUAUUGAUUUUAGUUAUUAUAUGUAACAUUGAACAUUGUUUAUUGUAUGCUACACUAUUAAUUAUAUUACAUUGUUUAUUAAAGUGAAAAUGUGUAUAUAGAUGUAUAUUUCUUCUUAUACUUUUUGUUCUCAAAAAUACUUUAAAAGUAUUUUACAAUAGAACCGUAUCUAUUGCAAAAUGAUAGCAAUAUAAACAUUAAUGUUAAUCUA